AUGGCGACCUCUCGUGAUGCUCCGAACCCCCUAAGGCCCUACUAUAUCCCGCCAUCUAUUGGGCCCCCUCCCGAUGUUCCGCAGAACCAGACAAGCUCGUCAUUACCGCCCGCUUUGAAGCCCAGUGCCAGUAGUAAAUCAAGUCUCGGCAGUCAGGCACGCGACAUUCUGUCCGAUCUCGACUAUGACUCGUACUUUCCAGAGACGUCGCCUUCAGUAGCUGGGCAUGCAAAGAAGCUGCUCGACCAUGCCUUGUGGAAUUACACAAGCGUCCUGUUAGCCCAACCAUUCGAGGUUGCGAAGACGAUAUUGCAGAUACAUGAGGCAAAGGGACAACUAGCAGGCUUGGAGGGAGAUGUGCUUGGCCACAAGAGCAGGCCUCAGAGCUUCGCGAGCGGAAAGUUUGAGGAUUAUCCGCCCUCAGACGAGGAGUCGGACGAGGACUCGCCGUCAUACUUCACAUCUACUGCACCGCGUAUGAACCCCACCUCACCCUCGCCAUACUCCCCUUCCGUCGAACAAUCGAGGUCCCCACGGAGGCGCCAGAGACGUCUCGAUAGCCGGUCACGGUCACGAACACCCACACGACCCCCACCAUCCGCCAUACGCAAACUAGACCUCAAACGACCAGACUCGCUUCUUGAAGUGAUAGCACAGCUAUGGCAGAAGGAGUCGGCGUGGGGGGUGUGGAAGGCUACAAACUGCACUUUCAUCUACAAUUUCCUGCUUAAGACGACUGAGGGAUGGUUCAGGAGUCUGAUCUCGGCCCUGCUGAACAUACCAGACCCAGGCCUGGUAGGAUCAGCAGGAAGCGGCAUAGGAGGUUUGGAUAUACUGGAUAGCCCAAGCCCACUGACCUCACUCGGGGUUGCUGUCGCAGCUACGGCCAUCGCGGCCACCCUCCUCGCACCCCUCGAUAUGGUGCGCACCCGCCUCAUCAUCACACCCAUAUCCUCUUCCCCACGUUCUAUAUACCCUUGCCUCUCCCUUCUUCCCUCCUUCUCUGUCUCACCCAGCCUCCUUCCGGCUACCAUAAUGCACGCAUGUGUGCCCACACUUAUCUCCUCCUCGACACCUCUCUUCCUCCGCUCGACACUGAGCAUCGACCCGAUCCUCACGCCUACCACCUACUCCUUCAGCACAUUUCUCUCCUCCACAACUGAGCUAUUCGUCCGCCUGCCUCUUGAAACCGUUCUCCGGCGCGGCCAGGUCGCUGCCCUGCAGGACCACGAAACCCAGCGUCUAGCUUCUGAGUACCAGAUACCUCCUAGCCGGGCUAAAAGCCCGGCCUAUGGUCUGGAUAAGCCGAGCUCCGAUCAGAGCUUCAAGACGAUCGUGGACCCAGGUCAAUAUAGGGGUGUUCUGGGUACUAUGUGGUUCAUCGCUCGCGAGGAAGGCAUCUCAGUUCAGACCGCAAAUGCUGCCAAGGCCGCGAGUGCAAAGGCAAUGGGCUUCUCAAGGCCGCCGCGCACAAGGAAGGGUCAGGGCGUGCAUGGUCUAUGGAGAGGAUGGAGGGUGGGUGUUUGGGGUUUGGUGGGCAUCUGGGGCGCUGCCGCCCUUGGAGGUGGCGGCGGUGAAUUCUAG